CUUCUUCUUCACCACAGCGAAGACCAUCUCAAGGUCGACGCUCCAACGUCUCUCCCUGAAAAUCGCCCCUCAUUCAACUCUCCAACGGAUAUAUAAUUCUUGCUAUAAAUUGGCGAUGAGUCGAAGCUCCAAGGAAGGGGGGAACAACAGAGAGGGCAUCGCACCAAACAAGUAAGUGAGCAGCGGCUUUGGCCGCUGCAAUUGACGCCACCGGAGAAGGAAGCAGACGGCGGCCGACCACGGCUCGCCGGCGUUCGACGAUGGUCGGCGGUGAUAGGUCAGGCGGUCCCUUCAAUCUCCAAUUCCUUAAUUUUUUAUCUUUUUCCUCUAAUUGGUAACCCUAUAUGUUAUUUCUUCAAUUUUUUUCUCCAUUUCUUUGUAAAAGUGUUGUUUCAAUUCAAGUUUACACUUUUUUUCUUGUUUGUGUUAAUUUCGAAAAUCCCAAAAUGUCCUAGCGAAGAUCACGAGGAGCGAUGGUGGCGAAAAUCCGUCGAAAACGAUGAAGAAGGAAGAUCUAAGAAGUAGUCAAGGUUGUGGCGGCAUUACAGAUCGAGGUUGCAGGGCAAGAGGUCCCCAACUCAUUUUAGGGCUUUCAGUAAUUUUAGGGAUUACACAUUCUUCAGGACAGUCACAGAGUGGAGUGGACGCGGACAGCGGACGACAGGCGAGAAACGGCUUAGUGCGACGACGGGCGAGGCUUCACGGCGUUCCCGCUUCCGGAGGCGUCGAGACGGCGAGUUUUCCAAAUUGGCACUCAUCCGAUUCUCUUAGUCCCAUUUCACGCUGGUCUCCAGGGAUGGAAUUCAGGAUCUUAUUUCCCUCUGACAAUCCUCCCCUAGCCGUGUUAGUUGCGGCUAGAAUCUCUGGAGUUGCUUUCUCUCCUGAUGCAACCCUCAGCUCUGGUUCGCCACCCAUGAUUGUUCUACCUGACGGGUUGAAGUUGAAGGGAGCUUUUGUUCUCUUAAGGUAUAUUGGACGUAUCUCAAGCAUUGCUGAAUUCUACGAGAGGGGUCCCUUUGAGUCUGGCAAGAUUGAUGAAUGGCUAGAGUAUGUUGCUACUUUUGCUUCCGGCUCUGAGUUUCAGGGAGCAUGCAAUUACGUGGACCAAUUUUUGCAGCAACACACUUUUUUGGUUGGGAAUAAUCUUUCAAUUGCAGAUAUUGCUGUGUGGUCUGCCCUUGCAGGAGCUGCCCAAAGGUGGGAAAGUCUCAGAAAAUCAAAGAAAUACCAAAAUCUUGUGAGGUGGUUUAACUCAAUACUUGAUGCAUAUGAACCUGUUCUAGGAGAACUGAUUGCAACAUAUAUUGGCAAAAAGAGCUCUGCAAAAGCUGCAACCAAAGUAAACGAGCAUCAAGUUUCAAAUGCUACUCCUGUCAAUGCUGGAUCUGAGGUAGAUCUUCCAUAUGCUGAGGUUGGCAAGGUGCGCCUGCGGUUUGCACCUGAGCCUAGUGGAUUUCUUCAUAUUGGCCACUCUAAAGCUGCUCUUCUAAACCAGUAUUUCGCUGAUCGGUAUAAAGGUGAAGUCAUUUUGCGCUUUGAUGAUACGAAUCCAGACAAAGAGAGCAAUGAGUUUGUGGAUAAUCUUUUGAAAGAUGUCCAGACUCUUGGAAUUAAAUAUAAAGCAGUAACUUACACAUCAGACUACUUCCAACAGUUACUGGAGAUGGCUGAAAAACUGAUUCGAGAGGGUAAGGCAUAUGUUGAUGAUACACCACGAGAUCAGAUGAGGGAGGAAAGAAUGAAUGGUAUAGAAUCAAAGCAUAGGAACAACACUGUUGAAGAGAGUUUGACAUUAUGGAUGGAAAUGAUUGCUGGUUCUGAAAGGGGUAAGAUGUGUUGUCUUAGAGGGAAGUUGGAUAUGCAGGAUCCUAACAAGUCACUUAGAGAUCCAGUAUAUUACCGCUGCAAUGACACUGCACAUCAUAGAAUUGGGUCUACAUAUAAACUGUACCCAACAUAUGAUUUCGCGUGCCCCUUUGUUGAUGCUGUUGAAGGCAUUACUCAUGCACUUAGGUCUAGUGAGUAUCAUGAUCGCAAUGAUCAGUACCACUGGAUACAAACAGACAUGGGGUUUCCAAAAGUUCAUAUUUAUGAGUUCAGUCGUCUUAAUUUGGUUUAUACACUUCUAAGUAAGCGGAAGCUGCUCUGGUUUGUUCAAAAUGGACUGGUUGAGGGGUGGGAUGACCCGCGUUUUCCAACCGUGCAAGGAAUAGUGCGCAGGGGGUUGAAGAUUGAGGCAUUGAUACAGUUCAUUCUUGAACAAGGAGCUUCAAAGAAUCUGAAUCUCAUGGAAUGGGAUAAGCUAUGGGCCAUCAAUAAGAAGCUAAUUGAUCCUAUAUGCCCCAGGCAUACUGCUAUAAUAGAAGAAAGACGGGUUUUGUUGACUUUGAGCAAUGGCCCAGAGGAUCCAUUCACACGUGUCAUACCAAAGCACAAGAAAUGUGAAGCUGCUGGGAUAAAAGUCACUACUUACACAAAGAGAGUUUGGAUUGACUAUGCUGAUGCGGAGUUGAUUUCUGCAAAUGAGGAAGUGACUUUGAUGGAUUGGGGUAAUUCUAUUGUGAAGAAUAUAGAAAAGGACCAGCAGGGCAAUGUAAUAAGUUUGACAGGUGUAUUGCAUCUUGAAGGCUCUGUCAAGACUACUAAAUUAAAGCUUACUUGGCUCCCUGAUACAGAUGAACUUGUGAAGCUCUCUUUGGUUGAUUUCGACUUCAUAAUAACCAAAAAGAAGCUCGAGGAUGAUGAAGAUUUUGUUGAUGUUGUGAACCCAUGCACGAAGAAGGUGACUUCUGCAUUUGGGGAUUCAAACAUGAGGGACUUGAAGAGAGGCGAUAUAUUACAGCUGGAGAGAAAAGGCUACUUUAGAUGUGACGUUCCCUUUGGCAGCCCAACAGAGCCCAUUGUUCUCUUCGCCAUACCUGACGGGAAAUCUCAACCUGUAAUGAGGUUUGCAGCUCUUAAUGGAAAACACUAGUGAAUCUUAAGCCCAUGAAUGAGACGGUUGACUUCUGGCUUUGAUUUUUUUUUUCUCAUUACUAAAUGUUGCAUCUUCUGUGUUUUUUUGUGGGUUCUAUCAAUUCUUGAGUUUAAGACUGAAAAAAAACAUUUUAGUGAAUCGAAAGGAUUGGAGCGUUAAGAUUUGAUUCCAAAUACACUACUUGACCGAAA